UGUACGUUAUCAGGCCCCAUGGCAAAACCAGAGCGGCUUCGUUUUACGAUUCUGGAUGACUUGAUACUUCUCCGAGAAGUUUCAGAACAAAAUCCAUACGAGGAAAGCGAAAGAUGGAAAACUGUUACCGAGCGAGUCGUAAACGCGACGCAGAAAAAUUUCAGUUUACGUUGCGUUAAAGAUCAUGUUGACCAUUUGCUGAAAAUAUGGACUAGAGAAGGCCGCGCACAUUUGAGGAAGUCGGGGACAGAGGAGCAAUAUAACGAAAAAGAACGACUUCUUCAACAAGUACAAGACUUGCAGAGAGAAUUUAGGCGUUUCAGUAAAGGCAUCAAUUCCAAUAUGCAGAAGUUAAGAGUACAGGCACGAGAUGUAACGUUAGAGAACAUUUCCGAUACUUUAGAAGUAAUAAUAGAAGAACCUACAGUAACAACUCCUCUUCCAAUGUCUUUUCCAUCUUCCACACUGUUACCAAUUUCAUUACCAUCGCCAACUCCAUCAUCUUCGUCAUCUUCAUCAACCCCGUUAGCUUCAGUUAGUCCGUUACGAUCAUCAAUCACAUCACCGUCAAGAACAGGAGGCCCAAUUAGAAAUAAAGCUCGUCAUGAUGCAUUGAAGAAAUCAACAUUACAAUUUUUGCAAGAAAGACACAGAAAAGAGGUAGAAUUUCAAGAGAAACAACUUCGUUUAGAAGAGAGGAAGCUUCAACUUGAGGAAGAAAAAUUUAAAAUAGAUAAAAAAGAACGUGAGGCAAGACUUGAAUUGGAAAUUGAAGAAAGAAGACAAAGAAUUGCUGUAUCUAAGCAGAAACAAGAAAUUUUGAAGAUAUUGUUACAACUGAUACAUUAAAUCUUGAUUAUUUUUGUAAUUAUA